GCAGCAUUGUUCUGUUCUACAAUAAAAAAAAUGUUUUUGUGCUUGUACCGAGCGAUGUACGAAUUGGAGAUAAAUAUUUUUUUUUGAAUUAAUGUAAUUUAUUAGAAGCAUCCGUUGAAUGCUCGACUAUAGUGUUCGCAAAGUGCCGAAAUCAAUACCGUUUUAAAUUUAACGAUAUCGCCCCAGUUUAAUUCACUGUGAUCGGCUAACCUCUGCACCGUUUGAAAUGGCGCUUAAAGUGUGGAUAGUAGAAGUGUUUUCGUUGAACGAAAACCACCAGACGAUACCGAAAUACAACAGAAAGGUGAAACUGAGAACGGAGUACGAUCCCCAAGGCAUCAAUUUGAAAAUAUCGGAACUGGACGAUGCCAGUCAGUUGCUGGAGUUUCUAGUAUGUGCUGAUACAGAUUGUUGCAAAGUGGGUACGUCUGCGUAUCUAUUCGCCAUCGAAAACGACAACGUUCUAAUAAAAUUCAGCAACAGAGACGAAGCCAGAUAUUUUACCAUAGCAAUAACAAAGAUCAAGUCCGGCAAAGACGCCUCGAUAUUCUCCGUGAGGACCGAGGACUCAUCUGCAGCACAGUAUUUUCAAUUUUAUGGUUACUUAUCGCAACAACAGAACAUGCUUCAAGAUUUCGUGAGGACUUACACGUAUCAAAGAGCAAUAUUAUGUAAUUUAGAGGAUUUCAAAGACAAAGUAGUUUUAGACGUCGGUGCAGGUUCAGGUAUUUUAUCAUUUUUCGCUGCUCAAGCCGGUGCGAAGCGCAUUUACGCCGUCGAGGCCUCCACGAUGGCCCAUUACGCACAAAAACUAGUGGAAGCCAACAAUCUCUCCAACUCCAUCAAAGUCAUACCGGGCAAAAUCGAGGAAGUCGAACUGCCGGAGAAAGUAGACGUGAUCAUAUCCGAACCCAUGGGAUACAUGCUCUACAACGAAAGAAUGCUAGAAUCCUACUUAAACGCCAAAAGGUGGCUAGCGCCCGGCGGCAAAAUGUAUCCAUCCAGAGGAGACUUGCACAUUGUUCCUUUCACCGACGAUGCCCUUUACAUGGAGCAAUACAGCAAGGCGAAUUUUUGGUUUCAAACGUGCUUUCACGGCGUUAAUCUUUCAGCGUUGCAAAAUUGCGCGGUGAAGGAGUAUUUUAGGCAGCCCAUAGUGGAUACUUUUGAUAUUAGAAUCUGUAUGAGCAAAUCCAUACGACACGUAGUAGAUUUCUUAGAAAGAGACGAGACUGAGCUUCAUACAAUCGAUAUACCUCUAGAAUUUCACAUAUUAGAAUCGGGCACUUGCCACGGUUUGGCCUUUUGGUUCGACGUGGCUUUCGCGGGAUCGCAGCAAACCAUUUGGUUGAGCACAGCUCCGACAGAACCCCUUACUCAUUGGUAUCAAGUCAGAUGCUUAUUGGAACAACCUCUCAUGCUCAAACAAGGCCAGGUGUUGACGGGUAGAGUGCUACUGGUGGCGAACAAACGUCAAAGCUACGAUGUGACCAUCGAAUUGACGGUGGAAGGUACUUCGCAAACGUCGCAGAACACGUUGGAUUUGAAGAACCCUUACUUCAGGUACACUGGAGCGCCAGUCCAACCGCCGCCAGGAGUAUCCAACGUGUCGCCGAGCGAGAGCUACUGGAGCCAGUUGGACGCCCAGGGAGUCCGAAACGCCGUCAACAUGGUCAACGGAAUGUCUGUUAACGGCCUAGGCGAGGUGUCCAUGGACACCACGCAAACCCUGCUUAAUAAUAAUCUCAUGGCCGCUAAUAAUCUGAUAGCUUUGGUGGAUUCGCAACACAUGGCUGCCGCAGACGGUACGCAGCCGAACAUCCAUCCGGGCUGCAUAUCGAGCACGGGCAGGGGCCGCGUCGCGGCCAGUCCGACGUCGACGCACACCGCCCAAUUGAUAGGCGGCGCGAUAUCGCCGUCGUUGUUCACGUCGCCCACGCACGCCCAGCCGCCGCAGCAGCAGCAGCCCCUCGUCGUGGGCAGCUAUCCGGUCAGUCCGAAUUUGAUGAUCGGUGAUUACGUGAAACCGGCCAUCGGGGUGGCCAUGCCCGCCGUUUAUCGCCAGUAGGACUCGGUAGAUUUUAAUUUAUUUGGUUUUUUUUUUUUCGUUUCGUUUUAUUUUCGUAGUAAUCGCAAGUAUUUUGACGGUGUGAAUGAUGAACCGGUAGAUGAGGUCUGGGUUUUGAUUGGCUGUUAGGCUCAUCUAGUCGAGGACGAUUGGCGCGUUCGUUUCGAUUGCUUUUAGGGAAACAAAUCUAGUAGUAUUAGAAGAGGAAAUUCAGACGAACAUCGUGACGGGAUUGUAAUUGUCGCGAAUAAACCGAGUAAUGGGCGUUUUUUUUUUAAAUAAUUAUUCGCUUUUAGAGUCGAUCAUAAACAGGUAGAGGCCGAAAUUCUGUGGUAAUUAUAAGAUACGUUUAAAUUGGCGGUGAUUAAAGUUUUUCAACUUUUACUGUUGUCGGGAGUGAAUUAUUCACGCUCCGGCAAACUGUGAAAUUGAUGCUAUUAAAAUUAAGAAACGGAAACUUUUCACGAUUUUUCAUUAAUAGCUCGUACGUCUAGGAAAAAUAAAUUAAUUCGUCAUUGAGUACAGACUUUAAUCACUUCGAUAACUCUACAUUUAUGAAUAUAUCGCAAUUACAAUCCAUGUGAAUGGAAUUCAUCCGGUUCGAAUUUUAGAGAUAAUACGGGUGGUUCUCGUUCCCUAUUAGUCGACUUUUUUUGUAUACAACUAUUAAAUUGCUCAUGUAGAACAUUAAGUAGGUAUCUAAUUCAUUUGAGAAUAUCGACAAUCUAUCGGUGUAAAUGUUUUUUGGGACGUAUACCCUGUAGGUUUCGUUGAUUUGAAUUCGCCUAUAUUUUUGUAGAGCUAUAAAAAUACUUUUUUUUU